AUGGCUGGUGGGCCAGGGACAGGUUUGUCUCUGAUUGUAUUAAGCCUUAUCUAUCUGAAAAUGGUUGCUUCAGCAAAAACAGCUCCUGAAAUACCCACUAUUGAUCAGGCAUAUUCAAAAAUCAGCAACAGCAUCACAGUGGAAUGGGCUACAGUGCCUGGGGCUACCAGCUACCUCCUCACAGCUGAGGAUGGGGACACUGUUAUUGAAACCAUCGUGGCCAGUUCCCCAGGGACUGUGAUGGGCCUGAAAGCUGCAACCUUGUACCAAAUCACCGUCAGAUCCAUCAGUGCCAUGGGGAGAAGUGAAGCAUCACCCCCAAGGCAGGCGAAGACAGUGUUGGCAGCACCAGUUCUCGAAGUGAGUUCUCCCAGCCCAGACUCCAUUCUUGUGCAAUGGAAAGCUGUCUACAUGGCCACUGGGUUUUCUGUGUCCAUUAUGCGUGCCAAUGGUCUUGGGAGAAUCUGGAAAGAGAAUACCACGGGCACCUCCUUGACAUUCACCAGUUUAGACCCCGGAACUCUCUACACCAUCAAGGCAUAUGCAUGGAAUGCCAACGGAACCCCUGGAGAUGACUCCACUUGUAAUCAGAGAACAAGUCCCUGUGCUCCUGACAACAUUCAAGCAUCCUUUGAUAGCGGGGCACUGAGAGCAUCUGUCUCCUGGACCCUGACAGAAGGUGCUUUCAACUAUACUGCAAUGGCUCUGAGUGACUCUUCAGAGCUGAGCUGCAACACAACUCUCAGUUCCUGCACCAUCUCCUCUCUGCAGUGUGGAACUGAGUACUUAAUUUCAGUUCUAGCAAGCAAUGAUGCUGGAUCCAGCAGAUCAACUUCAGCCCUGCCCCUGAAAACAGUUGCCUGUGCCCCUGGAAGAGUGAACAUCCAAGAAGAUCCUCUUGGCCAUCUUUCAGUGACUUGGUCCAAUGUGGAUCUGGCUGAUUACUAUGUGGCCUUUGUGAAGAGUGAUGAUGGCUUGGAAGUACAUUGUAACACAUCCCUUACCCAGUGUAAUUUCUUAUCUGAGUGUGGCUUCACUUACUUUAUUAGUGUCUUUGCCUAUAACAAGGCAGGACAGAGCCCUUUGGGAGAUGUGUUCAACUAUACUACAGCUCCCUGUUGUCCUAGUGACAUUAACCCAGUGGUGGUAUCUAGUGAUCGGGUAGAGGUUGUCUGGUCUCCUGUUCGUGGUGCCGAACUUUACGAAACCAGGGCAAUGGACGGGUUCAGUGUGGUGGUGUGCAAUGACACGGCUCCUGCAUGCACACUUUCAGCCCUAGAGUGUGACACCAAGUACAAUAUCACCGUGUAUUCCUUCAGCGAGGCCCGGGGCAGCAACACAUCCUGCACUUCCCGAGGUGUCACCACAGCUCCUUGCAGUCCAGAAAUAAAAAAUGUUUCAAAGGACGAGUUCUCCAUGGUGAACGUGUUCUGGCGAACCACGAAUGCAGAUGCGACGUACACGGUGACCGCUCAGGGGGAGAAAGGCCUGUACCAGUGCAGCAGCGCAGGCGAGUCAUGUGCCCUUCACGGCCUGCCCUGCGGCUCCAUGUUCUCUGUCACUGCUGUGGCUGAGACCCAGGCCGGACUGAGCCUCCCCAGCUACAGUGUGCCCUUAGAAACGGGGCCAUGCUGUCCUGCAGGGCUGGCAGUAACUCAAGUCACCCAGUCUGUCAUCAACGUGAGCUGGACUGUUGGCACUGGCGCCCAAACCUAUGUGGCAGUCCUGGCAUCAAACACCGGCCCAUCUAAGUGCCACACUCACCAAAACCACUGCCAUCUGGGCUGCAUCACAUGUGGUGUUAACUAUACCGUGACCCUGAAAGCGGUCAGUGCCACCGGAUUAACUGUAGACUGCGUGUCCCAAAACUAUUCCUCAAAUGCCUGCUGCCCCUUGGGGGUGAAGUUAUAUAGACUGGGCCCUAAUGGCAUCAGGAUCUACUGGCAGGCCUCCCGGGGUUCUGCCAAUUACAGCACCGACCUCUCUGGUUCCAAGGGCAUUUUCACAUGUAUUCCAAGCGCAGGUCACAGUUUCUGUGAUGUCACCGAGAUCCCCUGUGGAGACGUGUAUACCGUGAUGGUCUCACCCGUUGCUGAGUCAGGACUGAAACUUAGCUUCUGUCCCAAAAAGAUAUAUUCAGUAACCUGUUCAGGAAGUACACUUGGAAUGGUGAUUUACAGAGGGAAGACAAAGGCAGAAUAA